GUUUGACAUAGCAAGAGUGAAUUUGAGGUAUAUAAAUUUGCUAAAUUAAAAUAAUCAUACAUACAGAAAUUCAAGGCGAAGACCUAAUAUCCUUCUAUCGCUUUCUUUGAAUAUAGUGUUAAGUGCAAGUUCCCUCUAGUAUCAUUUUAUAUUUUAAUUCUGAUUCUUCCUAUUUCUAAUUUGUAAUAUUCUGUCAGCCGCUUCCUCUAGUUUCGCCAGAUAUUUCUACAUGGAUUUUCAAUUUGUUUCAUGGUUUCAUUUGUAUUCUGUCCUAUUGUUCCUAAAUACUCUGGUUUUUGAAUGUUCUAGUCACCUAGAUGAUUGGUACGAAAGUUGUGGUGCCACAUUCAGCUGUGGCGCUAUAACUGGAGUUGGAUAUCCUUUUCGUGGAAAUGGAGAUCCCGAGUAUUGUGGAUAUCCCAGUUUUUUGCUUAAAUGUGACCAAGACAACAUGACUACUAUUCGAUUAAUGAAUGUGACAUAUCGUGUAUUAAACAUCGAUCAAACUACCCAGGUUAUGAAGAUAGCUAGAGAGGAUGUAAUGGAUGUAACUUGUCCACAGGAGCUAGUAAACACGACCUUCAAUUACGCAGUCUAUGAUUUUACUUCUGCUUAUAUGAAUAUUACAUUUCUCUAUGGGUGUCCGGUUUCUGUCAAAUUGCAAAGUCCAAGCAGUGUUUCUUGUGGGAGUAAAGAGAACGAUAGCGUCGAUGUAGUUUCUGGAGCUCAUGGCCCUGGAAACUGCAAGUAUAGUGUUGUUGUUCCAGUUCUAAAAGCAGGUGCAGAAGGAUCAGUCAGUUUAACACAUUUGGAUCAACUUCUCCAAGAGGGGUUUGAAGUCAGAUGGAAAAUGGACGGAAAAGCAUGCAGCGACUGCACCAGUACAGGUGGACGCUGUGGAUACAGCUUUUCUACUAAUCAAACAACUUGCUUUUGCCCUGGCCAACCAUAUCUUUCGGAUUCUUGCUCUGCAGCUAAUAGAGCUUCGCCUGGUCCAGGUAUGCAAUAACCUCUGUCCCGACCUGAAAACAUGCAAUCUGCUAUAAACUUUUGUGUUUUUCUUUUCAUGAUUUUCUGGU